AUGUUUAUCUACAACUUGUCGGAACAAUACGAACUUCAUAAAAAAAUCAUAUGGAAUAUCGUGAAUUUGCCGAGUAGUAAACCUACGUUAAAUAAUCGUUGUCCGGAAGAAAGGUUUCUAUUGUCUUGGCUGCAAUAUCAUUACGAGCAACAACGUAUGCGAGAUUGGAUGACCGAUCGGCGUGUAAUCUUGAAUCCGCAAGAGAAGCAGGAUAUAGCCGAAUACCGCGUGAUCCAAAAUUUUCAUCGUGAUUUAUCAGAUAGCUUAGUGCUAAUCGCCGUUACCGCAACCUACUGUCCAUUUCUAAUCAACGAAUACUUUGGUAAUAUAUAUAUUUGUCCGAGGGACAAAAGAGAGGCAUUACACAAUGCUAUUUGUUUGAUUACUGCUUGGAGAAAAAUACGCCUUGGGUUUAUGAUUACUCCGAUGCAACUAGUUAAUCCGAAUCAAGUGCAAAUGUUAAUGCUGGUCGUUUAUCUUUUUCAAAUACUACCAACAUAUAUGCCUCGUGCCAAGAUUAAAUUUAACUGUUCACUAUCCCACACCGUAACGAAACGGUUCAAUAUUUCGAAUCCAACAGACAACACUGUAAAUUAUUUACUUUCGUUUGUAAACAAUAUCAAUCAUUUUUUCACCAUUUUAAAGCCCGUGUCAAUUUUACGUUUGAACGCGCACGGUAGUGGUCAAAUACAGAUACAAUUUCACGCCAGAAAAAUAAAAAAAUGUAGAGCGUACUUGUUAUUUUGUGGAUAUGGUGUUGGACCAUAUUUCGGAAGAAAUCAAACUAUUAUUUUAGAGGGUUAUAUCGAUAAUUUAGAAAUUUCUAACAAAUACACUAUACAAAGUAAGCUCUAUGAAAUUAUUGAUACAAGUUUGAAAAUCAAUAUACCCUAUCGGAAUGCAGCAGAAUACGAUAUAUGGAUGACAGAAGAACGACCAAGUCAUCUCUCAAUCCUAAAAAUGGUACAGUGGUGUGAAUUGCGUGCUAAAAAAAUACCGAGAAGGCUUUUCUUGAAUCAGAAAUCGAUAAUCGUCGCUGAAGGUAUAUCAGAAGUGCUUUUAUCGAUCAGUGUAGCGUGCAUUGUGCCUGAACAACGAACAUUUUGGUUGAUUUUUCAAGCAAAGACUGGUGACUUCAUUAUUCAAAUAAAUUCAGUUUGGCAAGCAUCAAUCAACGAUAACAUCGUUGUCGAGUGGAUGAAUCAAGGAGAAUGUGUUUGCUCAAGUCAGCAAAGUUACAUAAAAGAUAUUUGUCCGUUUAACAUUAACAUACUUAUACCAUCGCGAAACAUUCAGCUCUGGAAAUGUGUUGCUGAAAUGUUUCAAAAAACUCUUGAAUCAAAAGAAUGUCAAUUCUGGUCUAAAUACUUAGGUACAUAUAUCGAACUACAUUUAAUACGAUGGUUGAUGGGAAAUGAUAUCGAUUCUGCGACUUUGGAAUUUAUUCAUAUCUUUAAUACCGCAGUCACAUAUAAAGUCACAAUUUCAGACAAAUCGAGUCCUCUUGUUGUACCAGAAUUUUUCACUAUACAAGAUGUAAGACCAUCCUAUCAGCAAGUUCCGAUGAGCAUACAUGUUCUGCCAACGAUGUCUCCAAUGUAUGAAACAACUAUUUCUCUUACAUCUCUAGAUGGCAAAGAAUUUCGAAUAUAUACCAUUGUAUGCUUACAAUCAUAAAGGCAAGUCAUCGUUAAUAUAUAAUUGUGUAUCGAUUGAAUAGAAACAAAUAAGAAAACGGGCUGACAGUCAAGAAACAGAACUGAAGAAUCAUUUCAAAAAAUUUCUUUA